AUGGGCCUCAGCCCUUCUAACCAAGCCUCAGCCUCUUCGACCAGCCCAGCGAGCGCAACAUCGCAGAGCACCUCGCCCGCGCCUGUCAACACCCCUACAAAUAGCAUAACCCGCACUCCCCCCUCUCUACCCACCCCCGUAGCCGGUGCACCACCAAUAGCACCCCAUCGCAAAUCCACCGCCAUGACGCAUACGCACGACCCCUCUACAGCUACCUCUGCAUCGCGGCGACCCAGCUCCACGCCCUCCACGAGCAGCACCACCUCUUCAGCAUGCGAGGCCUGUCUCACAGAUCGCCCCUACGUGGCUUCCAUCCGCUCUCCCUCACACGUCCUCCUUGCCCUCAAACUCCUCCUCUCGGACCCAUCCCGUCGCUCUGACCUCUUCACCAACUGGGUUCACGUCCCCCUCGGCAUCACCUCCCUCCUCGUCCUCACCUGGCUCAUCAAACAAGCCAUGGACCGCGCACCUUUCCGCUUCCCCUCCCCCGUACUUGCCAUGCUCCUGCUCUUCUUCUCCCUACUCCUGCUCGAUUUUCUCUCGACCAAACGGGUCCGUGGAGGGGAGAGCGGGCUGAAGGGGCUCUUGAGGGUGUUGGAAGCACCAUGUGACUUCUGUUUGCGGUACAUGAGCGUCAUGUUCACCCCGAGUUUCAUCCUCAUUCCUGCGCGGGAGAUCAUUGGUGGUCGGGAGAUCGGGUUGCUGACUGGGUGGUUUGCCGCUAGUCAACUGGCGGGGAUGGUCUUUCCUGUGCUGCUACAUCGCGGCAUGAGAUGGGGCUUGGAUACUGCCCGUUCGAGGCUACACCAGCGCAAGCAGGCCAAGCUGGAGCAGGAGCGCAAGGUGGAGGAGCAACGCAGAGCAUCCGUGGCGACGCUCGUCGCUGUCAUGUCCAACAUCAAUGCCGUUCCCACCGCGAGCCCUACCAAAGAAGUACACCCCAGCGCGCUGAAUAGCAUCGCUACGGGUCUCUCUGGCAUGACGGCGAUCGCCACUGCUCCCCUACAACUCAACGUCCCCCGUGUCCACCCUCGCAAGCCACUUCAGCUCAAAAUUCAGACCGACGCACAACGUCACCUCGACCACGUGGCGCUCGAAACGGCACGUCAGCAAGGUGACCCUUUUGCGCUGGCCCACACUCCUGUUCGGGAACACUACCCGCACUCGCCCAGCAUGCCGCACACGCAUCGGUUGAAGCAUUCCACCUCUGGCUACUUUCCGCGUGGACGACGGGUGGAUCAGCUGCAAGGGAACUCGAGGAGCGCCACGCUGUCGCCUACGCGUGUUCGGGCGAGACCGAGCAGCGGCAACGAUACAAAAGGUGCCAAGGGCAGGCUGGUCCGACCGGGAAGUGCGCUGCGCAACGAGUCGGCACGACGACCGCAGAGCGCGACAGAUGCACGGGCGGCGGGGAGAUUCGUGGUGGCGGGUGAGACAACACCCGCGUUUGACGAAUACAUUUUCCAGGCGAGACAGGAGGUGGCUGCUCGACGCGGGUCUGCGGUAGAGGUGGAUCCCAAGACGACGGACGAAAAGGCGUUGGCAGACAUCGAAAGUGGGCCGGCGACGUUGGUCAUGCCCACCCGAGCCGCGAGUCCCGUUCUGGUCUCCGAGAAGGCCGCGCUCGACGACGGUCGACCGAGCAAGUCGAGCGAGGUGACGGUCAACGACCUUGAAUCGCACCCCACUUCUACCGGCAUCACUUCCGCCGAAACAGCGAAGGACGACACCGUUGUACAGAUCACCAGUCCCAUCGACCCUUCCUCGUCGGACACGGAACCGGAAACAGACGCUAUCGACCGCCUAAUCACCCACAUCUGGGCAUCCCUCCCGUGGCUCGUGACCCUCGUCACCCUCAUCGUCGGCCUCCCCGUCUUCUACCUGCUCCACAUCUCCCUCCCGCUCUUUCUGGCGAUCAACAUCCUCACCUUCCUCUUCUCGAUCUCGAUCGUCCCGCCCCGCAUUCGGCGAUUUGCGCAUCCAAUCCUCACCACCUCCCUGCUCACCGUGUUUAUCCUGUGGGGGCUUGGAGCAGCACGCGGAUGGUCCUUGCGUCAGACGCUGUUGUCCUACUCCGUCGACGCCAAGUACACCGUCCUGUGGAGUCUUUCGGGUUACACUGGGCCGGUGAUCGGUGCGGGCGAUGUGUUGUUCAGCACCCUCGACGCGGGAAUCGUCUCGCUCGCCAUCCCGAUGUAUCGGUACCGCGCCGACCUCCGACGCCACUUUGCGUCCAUGUUCGUCAUCCUCACCCCCUGCGCCAUGCUCAGCCUCUUCCUCUGGCCCACCGUCGCAGCGGCCAUCGGCAUUGCUCCCGAACGCGCGCUGGCCUUUGCAAGUCGAUUCAUGUCCACUCCUCUUGCCAUAGAGUUGAGCCUCACCAUUGGCGCCGACGAGAGCAUCACCGUCGUGCUGGUGGUGAUUACGGGGAUCUUGAUCAGUAUUGUUAAGGAUCCCUUUUUCCGACUGCUCCGACUUGACCCAACCCAAGACGGCGACGAUUCCGACUCUGACAACGACGUCACAUCCGACAACGCCGACAAAGCAAGCAGUUCGACCAGCAAGAGCAGGCGGACAAACGAGGACUACCUCACCAUAGGCAUCGCCAUGGGCAGCACCGCCGGCGCCAUCGGCGCCAGCAGCCUCAUCAGCAAACCGCGCUGCAUGGCCGUCGCCAGUCUGAGUUUCGUGCUGUUCGGCGGAAUUCUGUUGGUGCUCGCCGCCAUUCCGCAGAUUGUUGAGGUGGUACGGAUGCUCGCUGGCGCUCCGGCGGCGUUCGUUGCCCAAGUAUAG